AUGCCGGAGGCGUUUGAUGAGGGUGCAAUAGAACCUAUCUUAAGGGUAUCCACUGAGUACCUGAGUAAGUGCAAAAUGCGUGGGCGCAUGUUUGUGAGGGAGGAGGGGGCUUUUGCUGUACUGUGCGAGCUGCCAUCGGCUGUGGAACCCCUACAGGUUCCAGGCACGAUAGCAGUGGAAGAUGGAGUCCCACACCGGGAGAGUGCUCCUUCACCUGAUGAGUGGGUGAAGGCUUUGGGGCAAGCAUUAGAGAAGGUUAUGCCACCCCACCCUGAGUCAAGCCCCUAUCGUAAACUGAGGUUGUUUUCUGGGGGUCCCACCCCAAUACCUGGGGAGGAAGCAUUUGAACCCUGGCUGGAACACACCACUGAAAUGCUGCAGGAGUGGGCGGUGCCUGAUGCUGAAAAGAGAAGGCGACUAGUAGAGUGCCUCAGGGGGCCAGCCCUAGAUGUGAUUCGCACCCUGAAACUCAGUAACCCUGGGGUCAAGGUGAAGGACUGCCUAGAGGCCCUUGAUCAUGCCUUCGGGAGAACUGAGGGCUCAGAUGAUGUCUAUUGCAAGUUCCUCAAUGCCAGGCAACAAAAGGGAGAGAAGGUUUCUGCCUAUAUCCAGAGGUUGGAGAAACUAUUGCAGAGAGCCAUCAUGAGGGGAGCAGUGGCAGUUGGGCAAAUGGACCGGACUAGAUUGGCUCAGAUUGUGAGAGGAAUUCAAUAUCAGAACCCAAUCCUUCUCCACCUCCGAUUAAGAGAACGGCAAGACAAUCCACCGAGUUACUCUCAGCUGAUAAAAGAGGUCCGAGAGGAAGAAGAGAGGCAGGCAGCUGGCGAGGUUUGGGAGGUGCAGUCACACCCGGCGACUGGCACAACAUCCACCCGAACGCCCAAGGCACUGAUGGUGAAUCCUCAAGAGGAACUUACCCAACGAGUGCAGGUCCUGACACAGAAAGUGGCUGAAUUAGAGAAUACCAUCGAUUCAGCAAAUACUUCAAGCAUGGAUGAAUACCCCUAUCAGGGGUAUGUCAUAGUACACCUGGAAUUCCCAGAAGAGAUUGCGGGGGUAAGACAGGAGGUGGACACUGCUGCUUUAAUAUGCCCUGACCCUAAAGGAGCCUCUGAUGUGUCCGUGCUAAUAGGGACCAACUCCAGCCUCUUUAAGGUACUCGCAGAUUACUGCAGACAGCGAGCAGGGGACCAAUAUCUGAACACCUUGGUGAUACACACACACUGUGCCGCAGCCUACAGAAAAAUUGAGGACACAAGAAAAGUGAUGCCUGAUUUGCCAGUGGGAGCAUUGAGGUAUGCGGGCCCGGUCCCCUUAGUGGUUCCUGCAAUGACAGAAAAGGAAGUGAUUGUCAUGAGUACCUGCCUAAAAGACAGUAAGAAAACAUUAGCAAUGGUAGAGCAGCCGACCGAGGGAGGGCUCCCAGAAGGAGUGCUGGUUCUCAGUGGAGUCAUAACCCUACCUGCUGAAGCCCAGGAAGAAGUGGCUAUAUUGAUUGCUAAUGAAACACGCCGUGACGUGUUUGUAAAACCAGGGCAGAAGAUUGCAGACAUCUUUGAGCCUGAAACCAUCGUGAGACCCCAGUGUGAAGCUGAAGUUCCAGUGAUGGAUCCCGCAAAGUUUGACUUUGGGGACUCCCCACUGUCUGAGGAGUGGAAGGAUCGCCUGCGGAAGAAGCUUUGCGAGAGAUCCAAGGUAUUCUCACUGCAUGAGUGGGACGUGGGAUGUGCCAAAGGAGUGGAACACCACAUCAGGCUACAAGAUCCCCGACCCUUCAGGGAGAGAUCUAGGAGGAUUGCUCUCUCUGAGAUGGAAGAUGUACGCCAUCAUCUUCAAGAGCUGAUCGCGAAUGGUAUCAUUACAGAGUCCCGAAGCCCCUACGCCUCUCCCAUUGUGGUGGUUCGUAAGAAGAGUGGGAAAAUCCGGAUGUGUAUUGACUACCGCACUCUAAACAGGCGCACUACAGUUGACCAAUACACCAUGCCUCGAGUACAAGAUGCCUUGGACUGUUUGCUGGGUAGCCAGUGGUUCUCUGUGUUGGAUCUUCGGAGUGGAUACUACCAGAUCCCUCUGGGAGAAGAAGAUAAGGAGAAGACAGCCUUCAUCUGCCCAUUAGGGUUCUACCAGUUCGAACGCAUGCCCCAAGGGAUUUCUGGGGCACCUGCCACGUUUCAACGUCUCAUGGAGAAAGUCGUGGGAGACAUGAACUUACUACAAGUGUUAGUUUACUUGGAUGACCUGAUUGUGUUUGGAAGAACCUUGGAGGAGCAUGAAGAAAGACUUCUUAAAGUGCUUGAUAGGUUGGAGGCGUAUGGUUUGAAGCUUUCAAUUGACAAAUGCCAGUUCUGCCGAACCUCAGUGAAGUAUGUGGGUCACAUUGUGUCCCAGGAGGGUGUGAGUACUGAUCCUGACAAAAUAGAAGCACUCACUACCUGGCCACAUCCAAGUAACUACAGAGAACUCAAGACCUUUCUUGGAUUUAGUGGUUACUACCGCAGAUUUGUGAAGAACUACGCCACAAUUGUAAAACCCCUGAAUGAUCUUACCAGGGGAUACCAGUCCAACAAGAACAAAUCUAGGACCAAGAAUAAGAGGAGGUGGGAUGAGAGAUGUGAGAGGGCUUUUCAGGAAAUCAUUAGUCGCCUAACUCAUGCCCCCAUCCUAGUCUUUGCUGACCCAAGCAAACCGUUUAUCCUACAUACUGAUGCCAGUUUGGAGGGUCUGGGAGCAGUACUGUACCAGGAAGUGGAAGGCAAACAUAAACCCGUAGCCUUUGCCAGCCGAGGACUGUCUGACAGUGAAACUCGCUAUCCCAUCCACAAGCUGGAGUUCUUGGCCUUGAAAUGGGCCAUCACUGAGAAAUUUCGAAACUACUUGUAUGGUGCUCAGUUCCAGGUGUGGACAGACAACAACCCAUUGACUUACGUGUUAACAAGUGCUAAGUUGGAUGCUACAGGGCAGAGAUGGGUGGCCGCCUUGGCUAGCUAUGAGUUCAGCAUUCAAUACCGAUCAGGGAGAAGCAAUGUAGAUGCAGAUGCAUUGUCCCGAGCCCUGGCCAUGAGGGCCCUGCAUGAUGACUUUGGACAUUUAGGGAUGGAGAGGACCCUGGAACUUCUUCGUAGUAGAUUCUAUUGGCCCCGGAUGGCUGAAGAUGUUCGUAGGAAAUGUGAGACUUGCGCUCGAUGUGUUCAAAGGAAAACUCUGCUCACGAGGGCUGCAUAUCUCAAGAACAUCACCAGCACCAAACCUUUGGAACUGGUAUGCAUCAAUUUCUUGUCUUUAGAAGUAGACAAGAGGAAUACUGGGAACAUUCUAGUAGUGACUGACCAUUAUACGCGAUAUGCGCAGGCAUAUCCCACGCGUGAUCAGAGGGCCACCACUGUUGCUCGAGUACUGUGGGAGAAAUAUUUCUCAGUUUAUGGAUUUCCAGCCCGGAUACACUCGGAUCAGGGGCGGGACUUUGAGAGUCAUCUUCUGAAGGAGGUGCUGAGGAUAGCGGGAAUUAAGAAGUCUAGAACAACGCCUUAUCACCCGCAAGGUGAUCCUCAGCCAGAGAGGUUCAACCAAACCCUAUUAGAUAUGUUGGGGACUUUGCGACCAGAGCAGAAAGCAACCUGGAGCCAACAUGUUGCAUAUCUGGUGCACGCCUACAAUGCCACAAAGAAUGAUGCUACAGGAGUCACCCCAUAUCUCUUAAUGUUUGGACGAGAACCAAGAUUACCCAUAGACCUGUGCUUUGGUGUAUCAGAGGAUGGAGAUAGCUAUGAAACUCAUCAGCAAUAUGUAUCCCGACUGAGAGAAAAGCUGCGGGAUGCUUAUCACUUAGCUACAUCUGCAGCUCGGAAGAACGCAGACCGCAACAAACAUCGAUAUGAUGCUAGGGUACGUCUGCAAGAAGGCCUAGCGCGACCCGGAGAGAACUACGUUUCCCAGCGUGCUCCCGGGGAGAAGGCAGGGCAGAUGGGCCACUUCCGCUUCAUGCGCUAG